CUUAUUGAUAUUUAAAAAUAAUUGUUGAUAAUUUCGCUUUGUUUUCAUUUUGACAUUUCAACAGUUUUCAUUUAUGCACCGCAACCUUAAACGUAAAAAACAAAACAGUUGAAGUACAUAGAAACAUGUAAAUUUAAAAAUAUAUAAAAUUGUCCAAAAAUUGAGCAUGAAAGAAUAAAAAUACAUUAUGCAAGCGAAUUCUUACUAAGUUAGUUAAAAGAUAUGAUUUAGUUGUUUAUAAUAACAAGGACGAUAUGCAAACUUAUCAACCAUAAAAGAUUGCCUAAAUGGAACUGUACUUUGGCUGUUACUACAAUAGAUAUCAAGACAGAGCUGAACCAUACCACAAUUCGAAGGAUUAAAUGAAUGAUAGAUAAAAAUGUAAACCAAAUGAUUCGGAUGCCUACGCAAUCAAUAUAUAAGUGUAUGCGAAAGAAAUGGCACCAAAAUCUCUCGAUAAACAGCAGCAGUUAGUUGGUAAACAACAUUCCAAUACCUUCUACGUAUCCGCUUACGCUCUGUGCCACAAUAAACGCUUAAAGCAAAAGCGCCUAAAAUGGACGGAAGCUAUAAAGAUUAUCAGUAACAGAGACAAAAAUAAAAAGACUGAGACUCGUAAAAGAAGGUUAAACGCUUUGCAGCCGGAUGUUCACAUUAAUUUAUUAUCGGAUGAUGAUAUUGAUAAUUCAAUCAAUAAAAAUAAGAACAAUUCUGCUAAUUAUUGCGUAACAGUGGCACCAAUCAUGGAUGAUCAGCCAACAAUAAUGGCCAAAGCAAACGGUUUAGAUCUAGAAAGAGCUACAAUAUUAGGUUUAAUGCCUGUGGUGAGACCAUCUAUGGCAUCUGUUACUACUGUUAACAAAACGCCAGAUCCACCACGCAAACGGAAAUCACGUAAUCCCAAGAAAUGUUCUCAACUUCAACCCAUGUUCAAUCCAAAUGAAAGUAUAAUUCUAAGCGAUGACAGCGAUCUCUCACCAGAUAAUGUACCCGAUUUGAGGGUUAUUAGUCCACAGCCACGAAGUGAAAAGCAAAUUGUAAAUACCUGCCUGCCUCAAAAUUCUAUACAAGUUGAUGAAGUUACGGUUUCGUUAGUGCCACGAUCGCUUUCCGCCAGUUCCUGCGCCAGACGAUCUUUAGAAAAUAAUAAAACUAACAAUUCUGAGCCGUUUCCUAUGCUACCCGAUGAGACCACUGUGCAAACAGUUAUAGCCAAUCGCAUUUACGAACUCUCGCUGACUAAACUGCGAGAGGGUUUAGCUUCAUGCGGCAUACCUGAAUUUUCGGAUGCUUCUCAAAAGAUUUCACCUCAGAAACGAAAAGGCAAUGUAAAUCCACCGAUGGCCACGCCGCCACAAGCGCCUAUAUCUCUAAAAUUAUCCAGUGAUUUAAGCAUCUCAUUGAUUUCAGAUGAUGAUGAUGAUGAUGAUCAAAAUCAUCGGACGGAGCCGAUUUUAAGUCCAGCUCUGUUACAAAAGCUACCUAUUAAUGUCUCUAUAGCUCCAGUAUCUGUGUCAAAUGUCGUCCAAAUUCCCGGACUACCAAAACGCAAACUUGGAUAAGAUGGCUAAAUGGUCGUAUGAUCAACAGCCUUUUCAUCAGUUUCCUAAAUCGCAUAUGAAAAUUUUAACACCAUUCAUACGUAUUGGACAUUAAUAUCUACUAUCGGAGAGAAGCAGUACACCAAUUGAGAAUCUUUAAACGCAUGUAAAAUAAUCAUCUUGACUUUCGUAUUAUAUCCACUCAGUCAGUUCGUUAAUUUACUACUAAAUUACUUCAAAUCUUAAAAAAAAGUUCGCAUAUGCUUUCGAUUUAAUAGGGAAGAUCUCUACAUAUUUUGCACAAUAUAUAGACGACUUUGUUGACAUCUGACUAAUAGUAACUGCAACUUUCACAUGGAAUUUCCAUGUGAAAAGGUUCGUGAUCUUCGACAAUUAACAAAAACAUUGCACUUUUCAAAUAUUGGGUUGACAAGGAAGGCAUUUCCUUCGUCUCCUCAUUUACCUGUAUGGAGUUGAUAUGUACUGAUGUAACAGAGAGGUGGAAGAGGAGGUACAUCGAAAUUUUUUUCUCAAUCUACUACUUUCGUGAAAUAAUGUAUCUCCAAUAUUCAUUACACGGUGGAUAAAAUUAUCUUUCCUGCUUCAUAUGGUUCGAUAGUUCGUAUAUUCCUGUAUAUUUCAAGACUAGGCACCCACCCCUCUCUUAUUAUUGUUUAAGACAUAAUAAUUUACAAGUAAGU